AUGUCUGCACAUCAGGAUUUGGAAAUGCGCAACCACAUGCGCUUAGCUGCUCGUUUCAGCCCAACUCUUCCUGGGUCUAUCUUGCCUUCUGCUGCUACUAGUGCUAGCACACAGACAUCAGCUGCGCAGAAUUCUGGCACACCCAGCACUAGUUCGGCUCCAGUGAUCACCAGCACCAGCACCACACCUACUUCUACCACCCCUGUAGCUACUUCUACCCAACAAUCCUCCACUUCCAUCACCCCUAGUACUACUUCCUCUUCUUCAACCACGUCUUCAUCAACUACAUCCUCAAGCACCACCAUCUCCUCGAGCACUUCUACUUCGUUUACCUCCCCAACUUUAGUCCCACAAACUGUGCUGUCCACGACCCCAGCAGCAGCCACUUUCUACACUACCUCCAUGCUCACAUCACCAUCUGGUAUCAUCGUUGGUACCGGAACCAUCACAUCCGCAACUUCUUCUUCGACUGCAGGCUCUGCAAGUUCCGUUAACACUGGUGCAGUCGUAGGUGGUAUCGCUGGCUGUCUCGCAGGUCUGGCUAUACUGAGUUUCCUCAUCAUGUGGUGCAUUCGCCGCAGACGUAAGUCUGAUGAAGACGAAUGGAGCGCUUCAGCCUUCAAGCGUCAGUCCGCCAUCCUUGUGGACGAUCCUGAACCAUCCUUUAAUCCCCGUCCACCAACCAUGAUCGAACGUCACAAUGCAUCCCCUGCUCUCAACGCUCAAAACAACUAUCAGAACUAUUACGGUGGUUAUGGUCAACAAACUGCCUACGGUGAUACCUUGCAUGCUCAGGUGGCAAUGCCAUAUGCCCCUCACGGUGACCAUAGUCACCUCACUAGGCAACCGUCCAGCGCGGCAUACUUGUCUCGUCAACCAUCCGCUGCAGGAUACCCCAUCCCUGAUGAUCCUCAGGCUCACUAUGUAAAUCUCGAUCGCUCCAGCGUAACUCCAUUCCAAGCUGCCCAAUAUGCCGAUAUAUCCCGUCAGCUUGGCAGUGACCUACAUUCCACUAUGGCUCCACCCCAGCCAUCGGAUCCCUCCUUACCUAGCCCCUUCGACGACAAAGCAGCGGAAGAAACCUAUCCUGCGCAUGAUGCUGCGCCUCGUGCACCAUCUCCCGCUCACGUCGUCGAUCCUUUUGCUGCCGCUAGCCCGGCAUCUGCACCUGAGCCGGUCCCAGUGCCCCGCAGGCGAGACAUCACCAAUGCCCAGCGGCCCGAUACCGUAUACACCAUGUAUGAAGAAGGCGAUGCCUAUGAUGGCAUCUAA